AUGUCCCUUGUCCUCAUCACCGGAGCUACCGGUUUUAUCGGCUCUCAAGUCGCUCUGCAGGUCCUGAACGCGGGAUACCGAGUCCGUCUCGUCGUCCGUCGGCCCAAUCAAGCCGACAAGCUGCGCCGAGUUCUCGCUCCCCACGACCAACUGGACUUCUCCGUUGUGCCCGACAUCACCGUUUCCGGGGCGUUUGAUGCUUCCCUGCAGGAUGUGAAGUAUAUCCUACACGUCGCGUCACCUCUACCUGGCGUUGCCGCGGAUCUUUUAACGCCUGCGGUUCGCGGCACGGUGUCGAUCCUGGAAUCCGCAGUCAAAGUUCCGUCGGUCAAGAAGGUCGUUAUCACGGCGAGUGUGCUGUCGUUGGCUCCGCUGGGUGGAAUGGGCAGCGUGGAUGUUAUUCGGGAAACAAACGAAAUCGACUACACCGUCGACCCUGAGAAGGUGUCCUCCCUGGCCCCAUUUGACCAGUAUCACGCGAGCAAGCUCGCUUCGUACAAAGCAACGCUGGACUUCGUGGCCGAACAUCGCCCCUCCUUCGACCUCGUCACGCUGCACCCCGUCUUCGUCUUCGGACGCAGCCUGAUCCAAGACUCCGCGACCGAGCUGGGCGGCUCGAACGGGAUGCUGUUUCAGAGUCUUGCCGCCGAGAAGCCGCUGAUGGGUCAGUAUAAGGGCGUUCAUGUACGGGAUGUUGCGGAUGCGCAUGUCAAGGCGCUGGAUGAAAGGAUCACGGGCUUUGAAUCGUAUUUGUUGGCGGCGGAGGGGAGCACCUGGGCUGAGGUGGCGGGGUUCGUGAAGAAGGAGUUUCCUGCUUUUCCGUUGCGGUUGAAAGACGCGCAGGAGAAAGAGAGCCCGUAUACUAUUGAUACUAGCAAGGCGAGGAGGGAGUUGGGAAUGGAGUUCCUAGGUAUGGAGGCGCAGGUUGGAGAUGUAGUGAGACAGCAGGUUGAGUUGUGGGGGAGAGCAUAG